AACAGUCAGCAGUCAGUUUGUUGAGCGUGUACGAAUAUACAACCAUUUUUUAAAAAAGGAUUUAAGGAUGGAUGAGCUCAAAGGAUUCUUCAGGCAGGCUGGCCAAGAGUUUCUCAAUGCUGCUGGCCAAGCUGCUAUGGGUGCCGCCAAGGAUGUCGUUGGCUCUGUCAUCAACGAGAUCUUUGUUAAAAAGGAGUCAGAAACGAAGCGAAUUUUGCCAAGCAUCAAAAACAUGCGAGUCUUGGGUGAAACCAGCUCCAAUCUGGGUCCGUAUUCGGAGGUGCAGGAUUAUGAGACACUGCUAAAGAACUCCCUGAUGAACGGAUCGCUGUUCGAGGAUCCACUAUUUCCAGCUAGCAACGAGUCGCUCAUGUUUUCGCGUCGUCCAGAUCGCCAUAUUGAGUGGUUGCGCCCCCAUGAAAUCGUUGAUAAUCCGCAAUUCUUUGUCGAAGGUUACUCCAGAUUUGAUGUGCAACAGGGCGAACUUGGAGAUUGUUGGUUAUUGGCUGCCACUGCAAACCUUACACAGGAAUCAUCUUUGUUUUUCCGUGUAAUUCCACCAGAACAGAGUUUUGAAGAGAACUAUGCGGGAAUAUUUCACUUCCGCUUUUGGCAAUAUGGUAAAUGGGUCGACGUUAUUAUUGAUGAUCGUUUGCCUACCAGCCGUGGAGAAUUACUUUAUAUGCAUUCCGCGGAGAAAAAUGAAUUCUGGAGUGCACUCUUGGAGAAGGCAUACGCCAAGUUACAUGGAUCUUAUGAGGCUCUUAAAGGAGGCACUACAUGCGAGGCCAUGGAAGAUUUUACCGGUGGUGUCAGCGAGUGGUAUGAUUUGAAAGAAGCGCCAGGCAAUCUAUUUAGCAUACUACAGAAAGCUGCAGAGCGUAACUCCAUGAUGGGAUGCUCUCUGGAAGCAGACCCCAAUGUGACUGAAGCUGAGACACCACAAGGCUUAAUUCGUGGACAUGCCUAUUCCAUUACAAAGGUUUGUAUGAUUGAUAUUGUGACACCAAAUCGGCAAGGCAAGAUUCCAAUGAUUCGCAUGCGCAAUCCAUGGGGCAAUGAGGCAGAGUGGAAUGGUCCCUGGAGCGACAGUUCGCCGGAAUGGCGGUAUAUACCGGAAGAUCAGAAACAAGAGAUUGGCUUGAACUUCGACAGAGAUGGCGAGUUUUGGAUGUCAUUCCAGGAUUUCUUAAGUCACUUCGAUCGCGUCGAACUGUGCAAUUUGUCACCGGAUUCAUUAUCGGAUCAGCAGCAAAGUGCCAAACGUAAAUGGGAGAUGUCCAUGUAUGAGGGUGAAUGGACUCCUGGUGUAACUGCAGGUGGUUGCCGUAACUUCCUGGACACUUUCUGGCAUAAUCCUCAGUACAUAAUUACUCUGGUCGAUCCCGACGAAGAGGACGAGGAGGGCAACUGUACAGUUAUUGUGGCGCUAAUGCAGAAAAAUCGUCGAUCCAAGCGUAAUCAGGGCAUGGAAUGUUUAACAAUUGGCUUUGCAAUUUACAAUUUAAACGAUCACGAACUUGCAGUUCGUCCACAAGGACUGAGUUUCUUUAAAUACAAGUCCUCAGUUGGACGAUCGCCGCAUUUUAUUAAUACGCGAGAGGUAUGCGCUCGGUUUAACCUACCUCCCGGUCACUAUCUUAUUGUGCCUUCAACAUUCGAUCCCAAUGAGGAAGGCGAGUUCCUCAUUCGAGUCUUUUCUGAAUCUCAAAAUAAUAUGGAAGAGAAUGAUGAUCAUGUUGGCUACGGAGGACAAAGCGGAUGAUUGCCAGGUUAUCCAACUCCAAAACCGAUGGAUCCACAAAAAGAAAGUUUACGGCGAUUAUUUGACAGCAUUGCUGGUAAAGAUAUGGAAGUGGAUUGGAUGGAACUAAAACUAAUUUUAGAUCACUCAAUGCGUGAUGAUUUGCCAAAGCCUAUAAUGUUUACUCGCCAACAAGCUGUCAAUGCAUUUGAAACUCAGGCAGGUGCUGGAGAUGAAGGUGGUAAUCCCUGUGGAAUUCUUUCCCUUAUUUGUGGACCAUUCCUUAAAGGUACACCAUUCGAGGAUCAACUAGGAAUGAAUGAUCAGUCGAAUAAAAGGCUGAUAGAAGAACAGCCAAGAGCUCCCAUUGUUGACGAGACUCAUGGCUUUUCCAAAGACGUUUGCCGCUCAAUGGUGGCAAUGUUGGAUGCCGAUAAAUCUGGAAAACUUGGGUUUGAAGAGUUUGAGGCCUUGCUUUCGGAUAUUGCCAAAUGGAAAGCGAUUUUUAAGACAUACGAUACCGAGAAUUGUGGAAGAAUAUCAGGAUUUCAGCUACGUGAAGCACUUAAUUCAGCAGGCUAUCAUUUAAACAAUCGCGUCCUUAAUGCUUUGGGGCAUCGUUAUGGAUCGAGAGAUGGCAAGAUUGCAUUUGAUGAUUUCCUUAUGUGCGCAGUGAAGAUUAAGACAUAUAUUGAAAUAUUCAAAGAAAGAGAUGCUGAGAAGAACGAAACAGCCACAUUUACCUUAGAGGAAUGGAUUGAACGGACAAUAUAUUCUUAAACACUUUCACCUGAAAGAAAACUGUUUCAUCUUUACAAAAAUACAACUAUCAAUAAUAUAUGCAUACUAUCGUUCAUUAUUAUAUAAACAAUUUAUUUGUUAGACAAUUGUCUUUAUGUAGUUUUUAUACCGUGUACAUUAAAUAUAUAGUUGUGAA